AUGACAAAUGCAUUUUCUAUUCCAAACCAGGGCUCCGGUUUUGACUUUCCAGGCAUCUUUUUUUCACCCAAAGCCAUGGACAUAAUACUAGGUAUAAACAUUUCCGGAUCACCGGGGACAGUACUGAGUAUAAACGUUUCUGGAGAAGCUAACGAAACUUCAACGACACCUAGAGACACUGAUAACUACAUCGACCUAAACCCAGACGAGGACCAGAAGCAUGAUUCGUGCCCCACCAUUCGUGGUUUAUGUAAAGAAAAUCUGCUGGUCCCUAUGUGGAGGCUGGAACUUGAUACAACAGACGACGAUAGAUACUUUAGAGCGAUCCUAUACGUAAUAGCUUUGAUUUAUCUGUUCAUUGGUCUGUCGGUUAUUACAGAACGUUUGAUGACGGCAGUUGAUGUCAUUGUCUCAAAAAAGAAACAAAUCGCUGUCAUGAUAUCGGAUGGUACCAUUGUUUAUGUAACUGAUCGGUUGUGGAGCGAAACUUUGGCAAAUGUAACCAUAGUGGCGCUCGGUUCUUCUGCUUCAGAAAUAUUACUGACAAUAGUAGAAGUGUAUAGUAAUGAUUUUCAAGUAGGGAGUCUUGGCCCAUCUGCCAUUAUUGGUAGCGCUGCAUACAAUUUGUUCAUAAUUUCUGCAAUUUGUAUGUUCGCUGUUCCAGUUGAUAAAGCGCAAAAAAUAACAAAAGGACGUGUAUUUCUCGUGACUGCUGCAUGGAGUGUUUUCGCAUACAUAUGGCUCUUCAUAAUUUUGUUUGUUAUAAGUAAAGGAGUUAUCGAGAUCUGGGAGGCUGUGCUAACUUGUUUGUUUUUCCCAGGAAGCGUGUAUACCGCAUAUCUGGCUGAUAAGAAUGUGGAAGUCGGCAAAUGCAUGGAUCGACAAUAUUGUCGGAGUGAGGAAGUUACCAUAGAGUCACAAGGAAAGUCUAUGGAAAGCGUGACUGACUCAAGGGAGGGGAAUCGAAAUGAAAUCGCUUUGAUGAUAAGCAAACUACGAGAAACUAAUCCACACCUAAGUUUGACAGCCGUCGCGGCAAUGGCCAAAAAACAAAUAAUGAAUAAAGAGCCAAAGUCUAAAGCUUUUUAUAGAGCCGCAAAGAAAAUAAACAGCUGGCCUCAGAUUAUGAAGGAAACAGAAAGCUGCACGGCAAUAACUGAAGAAGAGUAUGAUUUUAACGUGACCAAAGUGUUCUUUGAAUCGGACACUUAUUCUGCGAUGGAGGACGCUGGCGUGGUACGAUUAAUGGUUCUAAGAAAGAACGGGGACAUUAACAAGGUAUGUCGCGUAGACUACUAUACAGAAGAUGGCACAGCUAAAAAUAUUCUAAAUUACGCUGCUGCAAGAGGCAGUAUAAUUUUCAAACCUUUGCAGACGAAAGCACAGAUCAACAUUGCUUUGAAAUCUGGUAAUAGAAUUAAUGAAGAUGAAUAUUUCUACGUCCGCCUUUCCAACCCAAAGCUCAGAGACAUUCAUGAGAACGAACUGUUGAUGCCAACCAUCCUGGGAAUAUUCUAUUUUCCCAACACAACUCUGAUCGUUGAGGAAAACUGUGGCGAUAUACCCGUUAAAGUCUGUCGAGCGAAGGGUGGGAAAGGGCGCAUUAAACUCCCUUACCAUCCUGUCAAUGGUACAGCAGAACUGGGAGAAGAUUUUAAAAUCUUUGGGAGUGAACUCAUCUUUGAAAACCAUGAAUAUGAGUAA